AUAGAGAUUUCUCUUUUUUUCUCUCUGUAGAAAGCAAAACCCUAAAAAAGGAGAGAGAGGAAGAAAUGCAGGGAAAUGAAGCUAGGGUUUUGCUUGGCUUCCCUUCCAAUUCAACCCCUACUCCAUCUCAGAUUAAAGCUGCAUACAGAAGGAAAGUAUGGGAGUCUCAUCCUGACCUUUUUCCUCUGCACAAAAAAUCCUAUGCUGAAUCCAAGUUUAAGGCUAUUUCAGAAGCUUAUGCCUCCCUGCUGUCUGGUGCAAGAGGAGAAGGUUCAUCUUCAGCUACUUAUUCUCGAGUUGUGAGGACGGGAAUGCCGCGAGCACCCGGAGGAGGAAUAACUAAUCGCAACUUAAUCCGAAUCCCAUUCAUAUUUAUUAUUCUGGGAACAGUCGGACUAGGAGGACUAAAUGCCUCCAGGGCUUAUAAAAAGCAGAAAGAGACGUAUCCCUCUCACAAUCCCUUUCUUCCUUAAUGCAACAUUCUCAGGUGGAAUGGAAUCUGUGUUCGUUUCAGCAUCGAAUUGUACGAAUGCAUUGAUAAUCAUUUGGUGCUUGUAUAUAUAUAUUAUUUAAUGGAGCUUGAGGUUUCUUCUAGCUAAUCACACUAACUUGUAAGGGUUUUUAAAAUCUGACCGGAGAUCGAACUUGCUUGCUGAGUGGUUCAUGUUCGAUCGGUUAAGAUGAUUUAAUUCGGAUUUAAAAAUAUAUGAUGCAAAUUAAUGUUGCUCUUGUAA